CUUCCCUAUUUUUUGAUGCUUGUCUCCUCAGUGCAUCCUAACGUGAGCCAGGGUUGCCAAGGAGGGUGUGCUACAUGUUCGGACUACAAUGGAUGCCUGUCAUGUAAGCCCAGACUCUUUUUUGUUCUGGAGAGGAUCGGCAUGAAACAGAUCGGAGUAUGUCUUUCCUCAUGUCCAAGUGGAUACUAUGGGACACGGUAUCCUGACAUUAACAAGUGUGCAAAAUGUAAAGCUGAUUGUGAUACCUGCUUCACCAGAAACUUCUGCACAAAGUGUAAAAGUGGGUUUUACUUAUACAGUGGAAAGUGCCUUGAAAAGUGCCCUGAUGGGCUGGAAGCCAACAACCACACAAUGGAGUGCACUAGUAUUGUGCACUGUGAAGCUAGUGAGUGGAGUCCAUGGAGCCCUUGCACAAAGAAAGGAAAAACAUGUGGUUUCAAAAGAGGAAAUGAAGUAAGGGUCAGAGAGAUCAUACAACACCCGUCAGCAAGGGGCAAUCCUUGCCCAGCUACAAGCGAAAGCAGAAAAUGUAUGGUACAAAGAAAGAGAUGUCAGAAGGAAGGAAAAGGUACCACGUUAUCAUCAUCAUAAUUUCAGUUUUGUAUUGUACUUGUUUAAAUAUUCGCAUCUGAAUUCUCAAGCCUCAAUUGCUGGCUUCCCCAAAGCUCCCACUGACGUGACAUUCAUUGAGCUGGAGGGAACUGUGCACUUCCCUGGUGUAAAUAAAGUCCUAAUGCUGCUGAAAAAAUGCACUUUGUGUGAUCCAGAGUACACAGGGUGGGUAGGAUGGGAAGAUGCACUCUCUGUAGGUUCUGCUGAACGAACUGCUGAAAUGAGAUGUUGCACGUGCAGCAAAAAGGUCCAUUAUAAAACACAGCAUGGUGAAAGUUUUUUGUUGAAUAUCAGGCAGUCAAUUUUCAUGAUUCAACCAUAAGAUUCCUCUGAAAUGGUUCCUAUGUCAUGCUCCUAUACAGGUAAGCCUGUAACUCCUACUAUUGCAGCACUGUGACAUCUCUCACACCCUGACCUCUCUGUACUAGCUCUGGUUGAAAAAUGUGGCAUGAUCUUGCCCUCUACUUGCAGAGUCCCAGUGUAGGAGAAAGACCACAACACUCUGUGGCAAGCAAGGGAAACUCCACUUAACACCUCCAAGGACAAAGCAUCCACAACCUCUCUGGGCAGCCUGCUCCAGCACCUCACCACUCUCUCAGUAAAAAACUUUACCCUGACAUCUAAUCACAAUGUCCUCUCCUUUAAUUUGAAACCAUUCCCCCUUGUCUUAUCAUUAUCCGCCCUUGUAAAAAUUUGAUUUCCCUCAUGUUUAUAAACUCUCUCUAAAUAUUGGAAGGCUGCAAUGAGGUCUCCCCACAGCCUUCUCUUCUCCAAGCUGAACAAGCCCUGUUUCUUCAUCCUGUCUUCAUAAGAGAAGUGCUCCAGCCCUUGAAAUCAUUCUUGUGGCCCUCUUCUGAACCCUCUCCAAAAACUUCACAUCUUUCCUGUGUUGGGGAUCCCAGAUUUGGAUGCAAGGUAGAGCAGUGUGUCUGCCUCAGGAGAGCAGCCAAGACAAGCUAUGUACAGAUUUCUUCCUGUUUAGACUAUAUAUUCAAUAUGUCCAUGAAAAUUAUCGCUUUUGCAUGGUGGCACAGCUUGAAGCACAAACCUGUUACUUCACUGUAACUGGAAGAAAAGAGUAUUUUUUUCUACAAUAGUUACACUACAAUACAAUAGUCAGAGCUGAAAAUAUAGUUCUGAACUUUAGUUUUGAGUCUAAAAACUGUUGCUUUUCUUUAAGGUGAUAAUGAUGUCAUGUAUUUGUUUAUGGUAAUUUGGCAGCAUUCUCAGAUUGGAUUUUUUUCCUUUGAGAAUUGCCUGUAUUUCAUAUGUAGUAAGUACUUUAAAAGAAACUCCUCACCUAUUUUACUGUCAAUCCUUAUUUAACAAGAUCUGAGCCAAGCCAUAUUUGAAAAAUACUGCACACACAUAGAAUUCCUUUAAAAUCUUUAUUUUUUCUGCAAUGUGCAUAAAACCAUUAUUCUUCUCUUUUGAGCAAGUCACAGAGUAUAUUCUAGUCUGUUUCACACUCAGUAGACACUUUCAUACUUUGAACUAAAUGCAGUCAGAUGUAACCUAUGUUCCAACAACUAUGUUCCAAUACUGCUUACGCCUUUGGGAUUUGCAUGUGUAUGGCUGAGAGUACUUUUUUAAUGUUCUGAAAGACAUCGCUGUACAAUCCUCUGUAAUAUUACCCACAAAUAUCUGUCCAAUUCAUUUUUGUACACCUUCAAAGAAAGAUGAGUUUAUUUAAAAUGAAAUAAAAGGUAAUCCUUAAUAAAACUGAGGAAAUUCACACAUGAAACAUUAGGUUAAAAUACCUUGAAGGGAUGGAUUAGGCUCAGAGUUUCCUUAUGUUCCUACUGGGAUAGGGAAAUGAGGCUUUCCAAGUUAAUCUCCAGGCAACUUAUCUUCCUUACUGCCACUGUCUAUUUCUCCAAGAGAAAUUUCUGUUCCCCUUCAAACAAGAGAGUGCUUGUAUCAAAAGCCAAAGCAAGCUCUGUUCUUAUGAUAGCUAGUCCAGUCAAUGAGAUGAGAGGGAGUUAACAACAAAAACUCUUUUGGACAGGAAAGGGAAAGUAAAUACAUUUGGACUUACUGUUAAGAAAUAUUGAAAAUGCUAUUUUGCAUUGUACAACUCCACACUGCCACUUGGGGAUUGCUUUGGAGACUAGCUUCCACAGCAUCAACUAAGUCUAGCAGCAGACCUAGCAAGAACCAACAGUGCUGCUAUGUGUCAUCUGCAAUCAGACAAGUUAGCAGACAAAGUUAGUUCAGUCCGUCUUUGCCAUUUCCAUGUUGAUUAUAUGUCUGUGGCCGAGGGAGUAAGGGCAAAGACCACAUCAUGACGGGGUAUGCUCGUCACAGAUCCCUCAGUGACUUUGCUCAAGAAGUUGAAAUCAGAGACAGGAUGUUAGUCAUUUCAGUUGCUGCUAUCUCAGAGAGGCAAGUGCAUGUUUCUGGAACAGUUACACAGAACAAGAUAAGACAAAUGAAGAUGGCUUUUUGUUUCCAUCUGCUAGUAUGCCAUUAAAGCUGGUGUGAUCCAGUAUAACUCUUUUUUUUUUUCUCUCUCUCUGUCUAGUAAAUUGAGUUUUACUGGGAGAAGAUGCUAGAGUUUUGAGUGCAUGUCUUCAGAUGACUAUGGUAUGCAGAAGGAGUCCUAUCAGGCAUCUAUUAAAUAUGCAAAACUACCUUAAAUAUGCAAAACUACCUGUUAGCUAAAAACCCCAGGGCAUUUGCCAAGAUUUUACUUCAGCUGAAAACAAUGUAACUUCAUACUAACAAGGUUAAAAUACAUAGGUCACAGUGAAAGUAAUGCUUCCUAUUUAUUUCUAUGAUAACUGCAACCAAUACAACGAGCACAAUAGCACUACUUCAUAGAACAAAUUCUCUUAGUAUUAUCAAUGUUAUCAAAUUCUCUCAUAAAACCAUGACAGCUACAAAAAACUAAUUUUCAGCAUUAUUACCACCGUUAGCUAUGCAUUUUUGCAGCGAUGAACAAGAGCCUGCACGCUGCACUUGUAAAAAUCUGUAUCAGCAGAGGUGACCCACUGUUUCACAGAUGCUGUGAUGGUGUCAUUGCUAGGAAAUGCUACCCACACAGUCCAUCUUUCAUUGGUCCAAGCAGAUGGAAUUCAGAAGGAGUCAAAUCUGUACUAUACUGUGGGUGUGAUAGGACAGUCCAACCAAGAUUGACAAUAUGCUCCAAAGCAAACUGGCUUGGGGCCUGGCAUUAUACUGUUGCAAGAGGAAGGUUGUCUUCUUCUCUGGUCUGACUCAAAGCUCGAGUCUUCAACUUAGUCAGUGUUGUGAUGCAGUGGUCAGAGUUGAUGGUUUGUCCAGUUUUAGGAAAUCUGGAAGGAUCAUUACUUUCAUAUCCUAAAAGACAGUGCUCAUCACUUUACUCCUUUAGGGCUGCAUCUUGAGAUUUUUCUUUAAUGGGAAAUUCAUAUGUCGUCACUUCAUGUACUGUCAUUUUGACUCCAGCUUAUGGUGGUGAUACCACAUCUCAUGAAUGGUAAUGAUGCGAUUCAAGAAACUGGAUCAGCUUCAUAUUGAUUCAAUAGAUCCUGACAAACUUGCUUAUGUUGUUCUUUCUGUUCCUGUGUGAGAAUUCAAGGGAUCCACCUUGUGUAAACUUUGUGAUAUUCCAGCAUUGCCAGCAUCAUUUCCAACACAAAGUUGCUGAUCUUCAGCUCUGUAUGCAGUUUCCUGUUGUAAACCAACUAUUUGUGGAUAAAGACAUCCUUCAUUUCAUGGUCUGACAGCUGUGCAUGACCAUCCAGAACAUGGCUUGUCUUUAAUGUCACUGUUGCCACUGCUGAA